AUGUAUUUUGGUCUCUUUUCUGUUGGUAGUAAUCCAAGCAAUCUUCAUGGAGAGAUCAAUCCUUUCAAUGGGAAGCUAUUCUCGGACAAAUAUUUUGACAUUCUCAAGAAGAGAGUUGAGCUACCAGUAUGGGAGUACAGAGAAAAAUUCAUGGAAACCAUGAAGGAAAAACAAGCUUUUGUUCUUGUUGGCAAGACUGGAUCUGGUAAAACAACCCAGAUUCCACAGUGGUGUCUUGAAACUCGCAUCGACAAAUGCAAAUGUGUGGCUUGUACGCAGCCCAGGAGGGUUGCUGCCAUGAGUCUUGCUCAGCUUGUACAUGUAGCUGACGAAUUGGAUGUCACCAUAGGUCAGGAGGUUGGUUACACAAUCCGAUUUGAAGAAUGCACUAGUCCUCGCACUAUAUUGAAGUACAUGACAGAUGGUAUGUUGUUGCGUGAGGCUAUGACUGAUUCUCUACUAGAUCAUUAUGCAGUCAUUCUUCUUGAUGAGGCUCACGAGAGAACUCUUGCUACUGUUAUCCUCAUGGGUCUACUGAAAGAGGUACAGUGUGUGCAUGCAUCUGGAGAUUUCAUAUUCUUCUAACAAGUACCACAGUAUAGCCAACAAA